AUGUUAACUGAAAAUGUAAUUUACAAUGAAUACUCGUGUUCUCAAAAUAUUUCAUUUUCUGAAGAAGAACUAAUCAGUGAUGCUACAGGAUUUGGGCUCUUUGUGGUAGCGACGCAUAUGCAAGCGUCUGGGGGCUUACUUGUCGUGGAUUCUGUUCUUAUCUGGACGCCGGAAGCGACUAGCGAGUUAGAGGGAGGACCAAGGAAGCGAGUGAAAAAGAAAAAUGAGACAAAGAAUAACAUUAAGGACAAGCAGGGUCGGAAGACACGCCUGGAAGAAAUGCUCACUGCGGGUCGGAUGCGGGGCCAGUAUUGCCAAGCAGGAAAGGCGGCGGAGCAGCGCACGGUGUCGCUGCAGGCUCAGGAACGGCGUGUGGGCGGCUCCGCCCCGGAGCUGUGCGGCAAGAGCUCGCCGUGCGCGCUGCGCCUGGAGGUGCUGCUGGAUCGGCCGCUGCGCGUCUUCCAUGUGCAGCUGGAGGUCACCGACAUCAACGACAAUGCCCCCAUCUUCCCCGCCGCCCGAAAAAACCUCAGCAUCGCGGAAUUGGCAACUAUGCCGGGGUCUCGUUUCCCGCUGGAGGGCGCGUCGGAUGCCGAUAUCGGAGCGAAUGCGCAGCUCUCCUACACACUCAGCCCCAGCGAGCAUUUCUCUCUGGAUUUACAAAAGUCUAAUGAACGAAAUAUUGAACCUGAACUCGUAUUAACGAAAUCUCUGGACCGCGAGACGAUUCCCGUGCACCGGCUCGUGCUAACGGCGAGUGACGGGGGCCGGCCGUCUCUGACGGGGACAAUGGAGCUCGUGAUCUCAGUUUUGGACGCUAAUGACAACGCGCCCCAGUUCAACCAGUCGGUGUAUAAGGUGCAGCUGCCGGAGAAUGCUACGGUGGGGACGCUCCUGACACGGGUGAAUGCCACGGACCCGGACGAGGGAAUUAACAGUGAGGUGACCUAUGCCGUGACAAACUUUAGUCCGCUGAGUGGAAGAGAUGUGAUUUCCAUAAAUGCGAAGACCGGGGAAAUUCACCUCACGGGAGCCCUCGACUUCGAGGAAGUCAGUGUAUUUGAUUUUCGUAUUGAAGUGAGAGACCAAGGAAUACCUCCGCUCUCGGGUCACUGCCGACUGGAGCUGGAGGUGGUGGACGUGAACGACAACGCGCCCGAGGUGUGGGUGACAUCACUAUCGGUGCCGGUGUCGGAGGACGCGUCGGUGGGGACGGUGGUGGCCCUGCUGAGCGUGUCGGACCGAGACUCGGGGGCGAACGGGCGCGUGCGGUGCUGG